AUGGUUGUGGCUCUUGCCGCAAUCGCGCUCGCUGCAUCGAGCCCAGACCGUGCGGUGAACCCGCCGCGUGCAGCGGCGCUGCGCAGAUCCCUACAGCUGCGUGGCGGCGGCCCGGUCCAGUCAGUUGCGUCUGUCAAGACGCCGCCCGAGGCCUACCGCAGCUUGGCGGAGAAGGGUGCGGCGAAUGCAAAGCUGGACCCGCUGAAAAUCCUGCACCAGUCCAUCAUGGGCGGCUGCUACGUCGGCUUCGGCGGGCUGCUCUCGACGAUGGUUGCCGGGAACGUGCCCGGGAUAGCCGCGUCCAACCCGGGCCUGCAGAAGCUGCUCUUUGCCGCUCUUUUCCCGAUGAACCUGCUGCUCAUCCUGAACACGGGCGGGCAGCUGUUCACCGGCAACGCCGCCGCCGUCCCCGCCGCGCUGUACGAAGGCCUCGUCACCUUCCCGCUCCUCGUCCAGAGCUGGCUCCUCUCUUUUGUCGGCAAUCUGAUCGGCUGCGCCGGCUUUGCGCUCGCCGCAAACUACUGCGGCAUCGUCACGGGAGGGGCGGCGGAGCUGGCGGCGUCGACGGCGGUCAAGAAGUGUGGCGCGGCCUUCGGCCCCACCCUCGUCAAGGCGGUCCUCUGCAACUGGCUCGUCUGCCUCGCCGUGUGGCUUGCGGGCGCGGCCAACGACAUGGCGGGCAAGAUGGUCGGCAUCUGGUUCCCGAUCUCGACGUUCGUCGCGAUCGGGUUCGAGCACUCGGUCGCAAACAUGUUUCUCCUCCCGCUCGGCCUCCUCAAGGGCGCCGACCUCAGCCUCGGAGACGUCCUCCUCAAGAACAUGCUCCCCGUCACGAUUGGCAACGCGGUCGCGGGCGCACUGAUCGUAGCGGCGGGCUACUCGUACGCCUUUGGCAAGCUGGGCGAGGAGAAGGCGUAG